UUCCCAGAAAAAUAAUUUCUAUAAAAUAUUUUUAUUCGGCUUAUUUUCAUGUUAAGACGAAAAUGAUAAGAUCCACUCAUACAAAUUCGCGAUACCAAGGAAAUCGAACUCAACAGCAACGUCGCGUUCAACAUCAGAAUACUUCCAUACAGACAGGGACUUCUACUUCUUCCAAUAGCCAACAACAACAAAAUCAACAAGAACAACAACAAAAUACUACAGAAACAAUUCGAAGAGGAGGAGUACAUUGGAAUGAAUUUUGGCGGAAAAGACAUUUAAUAAAGCACAACUGCACAGAAGAAUGCCAAAUAAAAUCAUUUCCAACAGUGUCAGAAACUCAAAGUUUACAAUUAAAACAAAGUUAUCCAACAAUAUUCUUUCUAAAAGCAGAAAGCGUACAUAUAUUUGCUACGAUAUGUAUAUUUCUUGACAAUUUUUAUAUGCUUUUUAAAGAUAAUGUAAUCGAGAUUUCUGAAUUUAUUACUGCUGAAUUGACCGUUGAAAAAAUGAAGAAACUUUGGAAUGAACUUGGUUUUGUGGAAGUUUAUGAUAUAUAUGCAAUCUCCGUUUAUGAUACUCUUGGAGAUGACAUGCUUAUUAACAUCGUUAAACCUUUUGUUAUUCAUGUAUUGGAAGAUAUCAGUUAUUUAGGAAUCGGUGGAAAAGUUGUGAUAGAAGAUUAUAAAUUGGUGUACAAGAAAUAUAGUUAAAAUCAUCAUUUAUUAUUAAAAAUUAAUACGAUAUGAUUUCGUCUUUUGAGGAAUCUGAAGUCACGUGUCAUAUAUACGUUGAGCUCUUUACCUAAUGAAAUUCG